AUAUAUAUGGUCAUCGUACUGUAUAGCAACAGGAUAGGCAAUGGAAGACGAACAACAACAAAGCAGAAAAAGAAUUAGAAGAACAACCUUGGACCAACUUGAAGAGGGUAGAGUGUUCCCGGAGACGUUUGAUCGGACCGAUCAAAGCUACUGCUGCUGCAACGGCCAAGAUUGCUUUUGCAGCAGUAGUGAAGACGAAGAUGAAGAAGAGAUCGACGGAUAUUCCUACACUGAAAUUCAAUCAGCUGGACCGGACGAUGAUUUCUCCGACUUUGAUUGCGACUUCGAUUACGAACAGGGUUUCCAAGAAGAUGAGAUAGAUCCUGAUGAACUCUCAUAUGAGGAACUGAUAGCUCUGGGAGAAAUGGUGGGAGAAGAGAACAGAGGUUUAUCAGAAGCUGACAUAAAUCGCCAUUUACAGCCACUCCUCACCUCUAACCUUUCCUCCAUUUUGCUCCUCCACAGGUGUGUGAUAUGCCAAAUGGAGUUCCAAGAAGAAGACAAAGAAAGAGGGGAGAAUUUACCGGUGACCCUCGACCGUUGUCAUCAUAUAUACCACAAGGAUUGCAUCGCUAAAUGGCUUCGAAUUAAAAAGACAUGCCCCAUUUGCAACAAUGAACUCCAAAUUUCCAGCAAUUUAAUUUAAAUAUUCAUGUCUUGUGAUGUAUAUAUAAUUGAUUCAUUUAAUACAAAUUAACCUUUAUUCAUUGCCUACUCAUUAUAAUAUGUGCAACUUGACAUAUAAAUUUUAUACUCCCCUC